CUCUCCAUUUCCAGAUGCCGAUGCAGAACCCGGCCCUGCCCCAGGUGGAGCUGCUCUACUCCCUGCUGGUGAUCAACAGCUGGUAUGACGUCAGCCUCCUGCUCUGUCAGGAAUGGAAUGUCUCCAGCUUCCUGGUUCGUCUCCGUAACAACACCAAGUUCCACCUGGGUUCUGUGGUCAACAUCACCAACUCCAGCACCUCGCCCAACUCUCACCCUAACAGCUCCGUCUCCAAGGCCGACUUCCAGACCUCUCUACGGGGAUACCUGGAGUCCAUCAAGGAGUCAACGUCUACAGUCGUAACAUUCGGCUGCGACAUCCGGGACAUCAAGAGGAUCUUUAACGUGGUGACCAAGCUGGGCCUGAUGCUGCCAGAGUACCACUGGGUGUUGGGGGACACGCAGGACGUGGAGGAGCUGAGGACCGAGGGGCUGCCGGCGGGACUGCUGGCCCAUGGCAGGAUGGGGACUCCCUCCCUGGAUCACUACGUACAGGAUGGGCUGGAGCUGGUGGCCCGGGUGGUGGGGUCAGCUGCGUACCGCUCCCCUGAGCUCGCCCUCAUUCCCUCCAUCACCAACUGCAUGGAUACACAGAGCAGCCAGAACAGGAACAUGACCUCAGGGAAAUAUCUGUCCAGGUUUCUGUCCAACACGUCGUUUGACGGUCUGAGUGGUUUCAUCUCGUCCCAGGAGGAGACAGUGAUCUCCUCAGAGAGCCAUCACUUCAUCUGGUCCCUGCAACACGACCCCAUAGGGAAGCCAAUGUGGGCCAGGCUGGGCCGAUGGAAGCAUGGCAGGGUGCUACUGGACUACACUGCCUGGACCAACAAACAGCCGUCCCACCAGAGAGGUGACUGGCGGCGCCCGUCGCGGCUCCACCUCCGGGUGGUGACGUUAGUGGAACACCCCUUCGUCUUCACCCGGGAGGUGGAUGAGGACGGUCUCUGUCCCGCUGGUCAGCUCUGCCUGAGCCCCCUCACCAACAACACAGCCCUGCUCCAGUCUCUCUUCCUCCAGAUGCGGGGGCCUAACGACAGCAUUCCCAUGGAGUAUAAGAAGUGUUGCUACGGCUACUGCGUCGAUCUACUGGAGAAACUGGCAGAGGACAUGGGGUUUGACUUCGACCUGUAUAUUGUAGGCGACGGAAAGUACGGUGGGUUUAAGAACGGACGCUGGACAGGGCUGGUGGGGGAUCUUCUCAGCGGAGCGGCCCACCUGGCCGUCACAUCUUUCAGUAUCAACUCGGCCCGGAGCAGGGUUAUAGACUUCACCUCCCCGUUCUUCUCCACCUCUCUGGGCAUCCUGGUACGGACCCGGGAUACGGCCGCGCCCAUCGGGGCAUUCAUGUGGCCCCUGCACUGGUCCAUGUGGCUGGGGAUAUUCGUCUCGCUACACGUUACUGCCGUGUUCCUGACCAUCUACGAGUGGAACAGCCCGUUUGGGAUGACGCCGCGAGGCAGGAACAGAGAUAAGGUGUUCUCCUUCUCCUCGGCUCUGAACGUCUGCUAUGCCAUCCUGUUUGGCCGCACAGCUGCCAUUAAACCUCCUAAGUGCUGGACAGGGCGGUUCCUCAUGAAUCUCUGGGCUAUCUUCUGCCUGUUCUGUCUGUCCACCUACACAGCCAAUCUGGCCGCCGUCAUGGUGGGGGAGAAAACCUUCGAGCAACUCUCAGGAAUACACGAUCCAAAGCUUCAUCACCCAUCACAGGGGUUCCGCUUCGCCACGGUCCGGGAGAGCAGUGCCGAGGAUUACCUGAAGAAAAGCUUUCCAGAGAUGCACGAAUACAUGAGACGGUACAACGUACCAGCAACCCCAGAUGGAAUAGAACAUCUGAAGCAUGAUCCACAGCAACUUGAUGCUUUCAUCAUGGACAAGGCCUUACUAGACUACGAGGUGUCUAUAGAUGCAGAAUGCAAGACACUCACUGUGGGGAAACCAUUCGCGAUUGAAGGUUAUGGCAUCGGCCUGCGCCAGAACUCUCCCCUGUCCUCUAACAUCUCAGAGCUGGUGAGCCAGUACAAGUCAGACGGCUUCAUGGAUAUGCUGCAUGACAAGUGGUACAAGGUGGUGCCCUGUGGAAAACGGAGCUUCGCCGUCACUGAGACCUUACAAAUGGGCAUCAAGCAUUUCUCAGGCCUGUUUUUGAUGCUGUGUGUUGGGUUGGUUCUGUCUCUCCUCACCACCCUGGCUGAACACAUAAUCUACCGCUUUGUCAUACCCAGAGUCAAGGACCCCAAGUUUAAGUAUUGGCUGCAUACUAGUCAGAGAUUACACCGAGCUAUGAACACAUCUUUCAACGAUGAUAAACUGCAGACUGUGGCCAAGAAGGAAAAAAGGUGCAACGUGGGUAACCACCACCAACAACAACAGGAGCAGCCAUGCGUACCAUGGAACAGCUCAGAGUCCAACUGCAACUGCAACAGAAGGAAGCUGCCUCCUCAGGAGUCCCAUCUGGAGUACCCCCACUGUGACUGCCCUCUUCUUCCUCCUCCUCGGGUGAAGAGCCCCCUACAGGCCACCUCUAACGGGAGGACAGACCUGGUCCAGGUGGGUCUAAAAACCAGGACCAACCCCAUGCUGCAGGAGCUGUCAGAGCUGGAGACACACAUUACCAUCAUCAAACAACAGCUGCACAUCGCCAUGAAGAAGAAGAGGGAGCUGGAGCAGUACCAGCAGACACAUAACAUGACAGAGUAGAGGAUUGGUACCAGCAGACACAUAACAUGACAGAGUAGAGGAUUGGUACAAGCAGACACAUAACAUGACAGAGUAAUUAUGCUAUAGAAAAGGUACCAAGUCAAUAGCGCGAGUGAAGACAUUACAAGCUGGUGAGUGAGGCUGUGAAGCUAACUCUGUUACAACUGGUACCAGCAGACACAAGAUAUCUGAAUAGAGGCUGGAGCUACCAGCAGAUACACAACACCCCUAAGUAGAGGCUGGAGCUACCAGCAGAUACACAACACCCCUAAAUAGAGGCUGGAGCUACCAGCAGACACAUGACACCCGUAAGUAGAGACUGGAGCUACCAGCAGACACAUAACACCCCUAAGUAGAGUCUGGAGCCAUCCCGGAGUAGAGGACUAGACAUAAGACAAACAGGAACACUGAGUAGAGGCUGGAGGAGUACCCCAACAAAACGAAACCCUGAUAUCCCUGAGUCCGAGAGCAGCACAUGGGACUAGCAGGAGGACAACAGCCCGAGACCCAGAUACCAGCAGGACUAACACCAGGCCCAGAGCACCAAAGAAAACCACCAUGGCUGCUCCCUGAGCCCUGGGGCCCUGGACACUGUCUGCUCUCCACCUCCAAUCUCCAAGAUCUCUCUGAUGAGUUAACCAGAAGGAACACUAUCUGCACCAAAAGCCUUGGAACCUGAUCCCUGUCUGGGAUGGAACCUGAUCCCUGUCUUGGAUGGAACCUGAUCCCUGUCUGGGAUGGAACCUGAUCCCUGUCUGGGAUGGAACCUGAUCCCUGUCCUGGAUGGAACCGGAUCCCUGUCCUGGAUGGAACCGGAUCCCUGUCCUGGAUGGAACCGGAUCCCUGUCCUGGAUGAAACCGGAUCCCUGUCCGGGAUGGAACCUGAUCCCUGUCCUGGAUGGAACCUGACUGGGAAUACAGAUAUGCAUCUGUUGGUCACAGAUACCUUAACAAAUAGGGGGCGUGGAUCAGAAAACCAGUCAGUA